UGAAAUAUCCAGUAGAUGGCGCAUUAUUAACCGGAACAACAUAGUUUCGAAUUCAAGGCAAGAAAAAUAACAUAAAUAAUAAUAAUAAGUGUAUAAUUAUUAAAAAGAUAAUAAUCAUGUAAGAAAGAUCAGUGAAAUUUGUAUAAUACAUAUUGAUAAAUAAUAAAAUUGUGUAGUACAUUUGACCAGUGAGUAUUUUCGAGCGAUACUGUGGCCAUGUUUGUUUAGUUUCGAGGGGAUGAAAAGUGAACAAGAACGAAGCUUUUGAAUGGGACUCGCGGGGGAGUGGAUACAUCUUUAAUUAGUCAAAGUUUGACGUGCGCGUGCUGAUGAAUUAAAGAAUAUGGACAUUUAAUUUUUCUUUUGAAAUGUGGUUAAGAAGUGAACAUGUGAGUAGAAGACUGCGUGGCCGUUUAUACAUAAGCGGUGGGUUAAGAAGCAAAACGUCUAUUGGCAGAACGCAAACAGCAUCUCCACGGAAAGUACCAUUCAUCUCUAGCAGUAAUCAUCGCAUAAAUACUUUACGCAAAUGCAGCAGAUUAACUCGGUGGAGACUUAGAUCUCCAAAUUUUAUAAAAGAGGCUUGUAAAGAAAAUGUUUUACAUUUUGCCAAAACCUCGCCUAGUAGACGUGAGAGGGGCCCUCGUAGAAGAAAAUGUAUAAAACGGUCCAUGGUCACAUCAACUCCUCUACAUCGCACUACACAGAAGGAUAUUAUUCUACCACCUAAAGAAACAGUAGAAUCUAAAAUUUGUGAAGAAUCCAAAGAGAACUGGAACAUAGCGAUUUUGUCACUUCAUUCAUCAAGUUCAAAUACAGAUUUAUUUUCUGCACCAACACCAUCACAGGAUUUUAAAUUUUCACCCGCAGGAACAUCAUCAUUGAUUGAUCUAAUGCCUCCAGCAUCUCAUUUAGGAUCUCAUUUAGACCUUACAUAUUUUCUUGAUGACGAAGGAAAUAGAAAUACAGAUAUUCUGUCACUACAUUACUCCGCACUUUCUUUAUCAAAUGAAAUAUCUGAUGAAAAUUAUAGCUUAAUGAACUCAACAUCAAUGUAUAGCACUCGCACUACAUAUUCAUCGGAGAAAUAUUUUGGAAGUGGAAAAUAUCCUUAUAUCAAUAACAAUGAGAACAAUAGUAGUAUAUCAAAAAGUCAAUAUACCAUUGAAAAUAAUUCAUUCAAAUAUGAAGGAACUGUGGAUUUUUCCACUCCAAAAUAUAAUACUUCUGCAAAUGUAUAUGAUAUAGAUGGUCAUCAUCCUUCUGAUACUAAUGGUAACAUUAAUAUGAAAUAUGAUGCUGAAGAUAUUGACAGCGAAUAUCAUGACGCCGAAUAUAUGGAAGUUGGUAGCGAAGAGAUAGUAGAAACUUGUGAUGUCGAAAAUAUGGUUACUCAAGUACAAGAAGAAUGGGAGCCAUUUGAUCCAUAUGUUUUUAUUAAACAUUUACCACCUUUGACACCAGCAAUGAGAGCCAGAUGUCCGGCUUUACCUCUUAAAACACGAAGUAGUCCAGAAUUUAGUUUAGUAUUAGAUUUGGAUGAAACUCUCGUACAUUGUAGUUUGCAAGAGUUAUCUGAUGCAGCGUUUCAAUUCCCAGUAGUUUUUCAAGAUAUAACAUACACAGUGUUUGUUAGAACAAGACCAUUUUUUCGUGAAUUUUUGGAACACGUUUCAUCGCUAUAUGAAGUAAUACUCUUUACUGCCAGUAAACGAGUAUACGCAAACAAAUUAAUGAACCUUUUGGACCCAACAAGAAAAUUAAUUAAAUAUCGCUUAUUCAGAGAACAUUGUGUAUGUGUUAAUGGAAAUUAUAUUAAAGAUUUAUCUAUACUUGGAAGAGAUUUAUCAAAAACUGUGAUCAUCGAUAAUAGCCCUCAAGCAUUUGGAUAUCAAUUAGAAAAUGGCAUCCCUAUAGAAAGCUGGUUUGCUGACCGUUCAGAUAAUGAACUAAUGAAGUUAUUACCAUUUUUAGAAAAUUUAGUUAAUUGGGGUGGAGAUGUUAGACCACACAUUAGAGAACAAUUUCGAUUGUUCAGUUUUUUACCACCAGAUUAAUUAAGGUACCAUAUUAAAAUUUAGUACUGGCUGAAAUAUAGGAUUAAAAAAAAAUAAUAAUAAAUCCUAUUAUCACAGUCAUCAGAUGUGCGUGAAAGCAUGUGUGCAAUGUGUAUAUCCGUGGUGAAAAAAAAAGCAAACGAUAAUUCUAUACGCGUAUAUCACAUUACGCGUGUAACGUUAUAUUCAAUGCAAUGUCUUAAGAGAGUGUGCCUGAUGAAGAAUAGAACGAAAUUCAUAGACCUUAAAGGUCUAUAAACAUUAUUUGUUGUUUAAAGGAUAAUUGUUUCUCUAAUGGAAGGAACACUUUACAAAAAAAGUUUAUUGAUAUUUCACUAAUUAUCUUUAUCCAUAAAUAUAACAAAUAUUAGUGAACGACAUUGAACAGUUUCAUGCAAUCUUAAGAGAUAGUUCAUACUUUCCAGUUCCAUAAUGGAAUCACUUUCGAAUGUCUACCGUUACAUAGUAAUACAAA